UUCACAGUUCUCUUGAUUCUUCUCAUUUCCCACCUACGCUCCUAGUCCAAGACAGUACACUGAAAUUAAUUAAUCAAAAUCUUUCCUAGAAUGUCAAUUUCUGACCAAUAUGUCUUCCUGAAUAUGAAUAGGAAAUAAAAUACCAUUUGAUGUUUAUAAUUAUGUGUAUAAUCUCAAUGACGAGAGUGUAUGAUCAGGUAAGGGUUGGGAAUAACUUGAUUAACAUAUGUAGUAUGAGUUCCUGAGCCCUUAUAAAGCACUAUCUGUGGAACAAGAAACUAUAGGAUCACCAACUCCUGGUGAAACACAGUGCAAACCACAGUCACCAUCAUGUACACCAAAAGGUCACCGUUGAAAGGGUCAUUACUGCUACUGCUGCUAAUGUUAAACCUGCUCCUGUCAAGGAGCGUGGAAUCUCUGCCCAUCUGUCCCAGUGGGGCUGUCAACUGCCAGGUGUCCCUCAGCGACCUUUUUGACCGUGCAGUCAUGCUCUCUCACUAUAUCCACUCUCUUUCUUCAGAAAUGUUCAAUGAAUUUGAUGAACGGUAUGCCCAGGGAAGAGGAUUCAUAACCAAGGCCAUCAAUAGCUGCCAUACUUCUUCUCUUUCUACUCCUGAAGACAAAGAGCAAGCUCAGCAAAUCCAUCACGAACAACUCCUAAAUCUAGUGCUUGGGGUCCUGCGUUCCUGGAAUGAACCCCUGUACCAUUUGGUCACUGAAGUACGGAGUAUGCAAGAAGCCCCUCACACCAUCCUCUUGAAAGCCAUGGAGAUUGAGGAGCAAAACAAACGACUUCUAGAGGGCAUGGAAAAGAUAGUGGGUCAGGUUCAUCCAGGUGAGAGAGAAAAUGAGGUCUACUCUGCCUGGUCAGGACUUCCAUCCCUUCAGAUGGCUGAUGAGGACGCUCGUCUCUUUGCAUUUUAUAAUUUGUUGCACUGUCUGCGCAGAGACUCACACAAGAUUGACAACUACCUGAAGCUACUGAAAUGCCGGCUCAUUCAUGAUAGUAACUGCUGAGCCAAUAUCCCCCUUGUUCUCCCCCAAAUAGUUUCUCUGCCCUUACUGAUCCCUCCCUUAGGGAGAUUUUUCUAGCUUUCAUGCUUCAUGAUAUAUGUUUUUCUGAAAUGGUUCUCCUAUUAAAAACAAAAACAGGUACUCCUAGAGAACU